AUGAUCAUGACAAGACCUCCGCUACCCUUCAGCCACGCAAACCCUCAUGUCCGCCAGAUCAAACCAGAUCAGCUGCCACCAGUAAAGUACCAGAUUCUCAACUGUCAAGGGAAGGAUAUCUUGGUCGGUAGGAUGAAGAUCGAGACUCCAACGGUGACCCUACUCAACUCUGCGAUCUCUCCCGCCGCCGCUCAUCGUUCUGCCUCCCAGGAGUCCGGUCAUGCCUUCAUACUCCGCCGUUUCGAUACCGGCGCCAUCAGCCUCACCACCAUGUUCCGUGCAGCCUUCCCCAACGCCCCAGAGCACGACGAAAAAGCAGAAGUUCAGUGGGUGAAGGACAACUAUGAUCUCUCCGGGAACAACGGCUCCUCUAAAGAUAACCACAUCACCCGCCUUGCGGGUGUUUGGGUCAGUCCAAGCGUGGCUCUUGAGCUUAGCCAUGCGUACAAGAUAGAUGAUAUCAUCUCCUCCGUUGUCGAGGCUGCCCCCGAUCCCAAAGGCAACUAUCGCCGUUCAGGUAAGGCCGCUGCUGCUGCUGCUGCCGCCGCCUCCACGGUCAGCGCAGCUCCUUCGCCCCCAUCAAAUGCAGGAUCCGCACUCCCUCCCUUACCCAUGCAAUCAGCUACAAAGUCUCUACCGACUCCUUCACCAAGUAGUCCCGGGCCAAAUCUCCUCAAACGCCGGAAGGAUUCAUCGCCCGCCCCCACGCCUCCCGUAACAUCUCCAGAGGCCUCAAAGCCCCUCCCCCGACGAUCUGCCCGCACGAAGAGCCCUGCUCCGAGAUCCGCUGCCCAGAUGGCCCCUCUGACCUCCUUGCUCAACCAGACGCCCAAAGCCGGCAGAUCAUCUCCGAAGAAGCAGGAUGAGUUGGUCGUCACUCCUGGAGGAUCCGAAGAGACGGUGGUGGAAGAUGUGGCAGGGUCAGAUCUCCACGAAGAAGAUGUUUUGGAGCAGCAAAAGCUGAUUGCUGAUCUGAAGGCUCAGAGGGAUGCCAAGAAGCUGGCUGAACAGCAGCAGCAAGAAGAGGAUGAGAGCAUGGAAUCGGGAGACUCGGACGAGGUAGAUGGGCCAUCAAAGUUAAAGAGGGCCAGGGAAGAAGACGAGCCAGCGUUCAAGUUUGAGUUCAAGGAACCAGAGGUUGUUGAGAGGCCGGUUGCGACGAACAGCAGAGUCAGGAGGUUCACUCUCGAACCCAGAACCAAGUCGUUUGCGUGGGGGCUUGCAGCUUUUGCUGUUGGUAUGGGAGCUGUGUCGUUCUUGCCCAACUUUUUCUAA